AUGCGCCGUGAUUAUGGUCUAUCGGGCGAUCACUUCCGUACCCUUUCUCUCUUCAUGGACGUCGUUGAGUCUAUUAUCCACAAUCCGGCCUACCAACCGUAUCUGGCCAUUCUCAAGGGUGCCCGUAAUGGCUUCGUCUACGGCGUUAAAAUUCGAUUCCCUCAUGCGCUGGUGAUGUCCAUACUCUUUGGUCGGGGAGACUGGAAAGAUAGAGCACGGAUGAUAUUUCGCGCCACGAAGCAGCACGCAUUCAAUCUGGCGAAAUUCGUGACCCUCUACAAGACCUUUAUGCUUAUCCAGCAGAAAGCCAACGGCGGCAAGUCCCGCAGCGGAGACACUUUCUUGGCCGGCCUCCUUGGUGGUUAUAUCGUCUUCGGAGAGCGAACGGCGGUUAAUGAGCAGAUUGUUCUCUAUGUUGUGUCCCGUGUUGUCGCGACCAUUAUACCCCGCUCUGGCUCGCCAUACUCUUCAGCCCCUCCGGCUCCCGGCACUAAAGCCAAGCCGGUACCGCCAGACCCGCGCUAUUUCACAGUAUUUGCUGCACUCGCUUGGGGUGCCGUAAUGUGGUUAUUCGAGCACAAAGGAGAGGCUAUUCAACCUGGAAUGUUCAACUCCAUGGUCUAUCUCUAUCGCGACAGCGACAGAUGGUCCAAUCUCAAGACCUUACUUUGGCACAACCAGUAG